UAUACGAAUUCAAGUUCGGAUUAGGUAGAAAAUUUCUCCUCCUUUGCGAACAGUUCAUGCGCACUCCGUGCGGACACUUUUUGCGCAUGUCAGUCGAUCGCUUCGGCCCGAUUCACCCAUUCAAAAUAGCCUCCGAUCGGUCAAAUUCGCAAAUUGAAUCUAGUCAUUUCAUUGAUCAGCCUCUAACUGCCAGUCGAUAUAGUCCUGCGAUAAUACGCAAAACGUAUUUUUUUUCGCACAGUAUUAUUUUCUGUGAAAAUUGAAAACGCGAUAAAGAAAAGUUUUGAAACUUGUGAUCAAAAUUCUCUCAAACGGAAGUUGGUUUUUAAGUUUCAUGCAAAUACGUAAAAACAGAAUAAAUUUGAAUAAAUUAAAAAAAAAAAUACAAAAAGUGUGUGUUUUUUGUGCAAAACUUUUCACAAAAUUUGUGAAUUCACUUGUUUCAACGACACACACACACACACACACACACACACAGUACAGACCGAAUUUGAUCGGCAUAUGGUGCCUUACGCUUUCAACAUGUACCGUGCUUAUUAAUAGAAAAAAAUGUAGUCCAAUAUAUAUUUUUAAAAAUAGAGCGCAACGGCAAUUUCAGCUCUACGAAUUAUAUGAAAAUUAAAUAGCAGAAAACAAGCAACCAGUACCGCAGUCAAAUUUUUAGCGAAUUUAUUUUCUGGUGCGUGUUUUGUUUCGGGUACAUUUCUAUCAAUAUUCAUUCAAGUCUUUCCCCCAGUGUCUGUUGCUGUGUUUUGCUAUGUGUUUCCGUGAUGACGAAAUAGAGAUUUAUCUCUUUUAUCAGUGACACUUUUAAUGCCGCAGUGAUUUUAUUCUACGAAUGUUUAUUAUGAUUUAUGAAGAGGCCAGUGGCCAAAAAUUACAACGGCGCACCGAAAAAAAUGUGUAUGUGAUUUCGUUUCGUGUAACAAAAUGAUCUGAAUAAAAAGAAAAUAUGUAUUAAAGAGCAAAAAUCCAAGCAAAAUAUUCACAUGCUUAUCAAUGCGAUAAAUACCAGAAACUCGGUUAUACAAUCUAAUUCUGUGUAAUUAAUUUUGAAGAUAAGAAAAAUAUUAGAUACAAAGAGAGAGAUAGGAAACACAUAAAUAGAAUAUGCAUCAUUUAUAUCCAGUGUCAAAAGGCGAUCAGUUAUGUCCGUUAGGUUUUCAUCCACAAGUAAGAUGGCCAACCAGAUGUAAAAGAUGCUUUCGAGAUUACAAAGAUCAUGGCGUAAAAAGAGGUGACGAUAUUGCCGCUUCGUCGCCCAGCCUCACAGACACAUCACGAACUCGAGUUCAGUUGGAGAAACCAACCGACCGUAGCUGGACGUCGACAUCGAAUUUAUCAUCGUUAACACCUGAAAAAGAACCGCCACCAAGAAGGCGAAGGCCAAUUUCAUGGACUUCGACCGAUUUGGAUGAAAAUGAAAAGCCUGAACCCGUUGCUGAAACCACACAAUCCACCGAAGUAAAUGUGGCAUUGCCACGACGUCGGCAUACUUCCGCAAUAAUUCCAGAGGUCCCACAAGUUGAAGAAUCCUUUACAUUACGUAAACCGCCUCGACCUCCAAUCAUCAAACAAGAUUCCGAAGAUUUAACCAUAUCCCGAAGUGAUUCAUUGGCGGAACGUGUGCGAAAAAUGCAAUUACUCAAAAAACAAAACAGCAUCGAACGAGAACUGCGAUCACGUCAGUCGAGUAUUGAAAAGGAACAAUCACCUUCGCCUCGAAAUCGCACUGAAUCAACUGACUCAAAACGUAGUUCGGUAGGUCGAGAAAUGUCGAAAUCAAAGCCAGUUACAAACCAUGUGGAAGAUGUGGAAAAACUGAGUGAUGAACUGAGCAGUGCACGUCGUCAAAAGGAUGAUAAAAAUGAGAUUUCUUUACGGCGUUUGGCGUUCACCGACAAAGGAGCAAAUCAAUUGCAAACAAACGACAGCGCAAAAUUACAAUUCAAAGUAAACGACUUGAGUCGACAGCUGGAAGAUUUAAAAUACGAAAAAUUGCAUUUGACAACAAAAAUCAAAGAUCUCGAAAAGAGCGUUGCGAUCAAAGCAUCGAAAUCGGCCGAAGAAGAAUUACGUAAAAAACUAUUGGCGGCCGAACAAUUGUGUGAAGAGCUUAUGGAUGAAAAUAAAGAAAUAAAAAAAGAAUUGAAGGGAAUGGAAGAUGAAAUCGAUGAAAUGCAGGAUAAUUUUCGUGAAGAUCAAUCCAAUGAAUUCAGUACAUUGAAAAAAGAAAUGGAAAUGACACAGAAAAAUUGCCGCAUUUUAUCGUUCAAAUUGAAAAAAUCCGAGCGAAAAAUCGAACAAUUGGAGGCCGAUAAACAAUCAUCAGCACCGGCCGCUCUUAUUAGUCAAAUUAAACAAUUGGAAGAAGAAUUGAAAAUUUCAAACGAUCGAUUGCAACAAAUGCAGAUUGAAGCAGAAAAAGCGCAACAAACCCCAUCAAAUGGAAAACCAACGUUGAGUUCAAUUGGCAAAUCGAAUUCAAUGGAUGGCAAAAUAUCACGUUCAUCAUUAAUUCGCGGUAGUUCACAAGAAGAUCCACAGCAGUUAAUGCGUGAUUUACAAGAUUCAAUUGAACGUGAGGCUGACAUCAGAGAACAAUUAAAAUUUGCCGAAGAAGAAGCGGAAAGUUUACGUAAAAAAGUAUUAAGAUUCGAAGACGAAAAUGAAUCGUUGAUGGUUCAAUUGAAAAAAAUGGCAACGAAGGCCCGAAGUCGAAAAUUAAGUCCAUCAGCACCAUCUCGAUUAACCGUCGAUGCUUCAGAUAAAGAUGAAGGAAUAUCAGAUGAAGAAGAUCCGGCCGAGUUGCGAGUAUUGCUCGAUUUGAAUGAACAAGAAUCAUCACAGUUGCGACGUAAAGUGGAUGAACUCGAACAAGAAAACAAAACAUUUAAAACGCAAUUGAAAGAGAUGCGUGAAACGCCAAAAGCGCCAACAUCAACAUCGAAAACGACCAUUGCAAAAGACAAAGAGAUCGCUGAGCUACAAAAGAAAAUUGUCGAUAUGGAAAAAGAAAUGAAACUAUUGCGAAAGAGUUCGUCCAAGGCUGGAACACAAACCUAUCAAAAACUAGAAGAGGAAAAGAAAAAAGCAAUUCAAGAUGCCAAAACAUUGGGCGAACAAAUGGAUACGUACAAAUCGGAGAUCAAAAAUCUGAAGAGUGUCAUUGCCAAACAAGAGACACGAUGCAUGGAAUUGGAAAAAGCGAGCACAGACAAUGAGUCAAAGAAGAAGAAAGCAUUAACCGAUGUCAAAACCAUCGAGGAGAAACUGAAUAAACAAGAGAGUCUGAUAAAGCAAUUAGAAGCAGCAAAAUCGCUCGGCGAAACCAAUGUAACACAUGAGAAAGGGCGAGCGGCAAAGCUUGAAAAGGAAUUAGACGAAUUGAAAAAUGAGAAUCGACGCUGGGAAACAAAAAUAGCUGAUUUAGAUGCGGAUUUGAAUACGUUGCGACGAAAGACACAAACGGAAAAGGUGGCACUCGAGAAGGAAAUAGUUGCAUUAAAGAGCCAAAAAGACAUUUUGCCGGGCAAAAAAAUGGACGAACUUCGAAAACAAAAUACCGAUUUGCAGGCUCAAAUCGAUAGCGAAGUGAAAAAGACAACCGACAUCACCAGCAAAUAUGAACAAUUACAAGAGCAGCAUGUUUUCAUUAAAGCUCAGUUAUCAAGCGACAAAGAGGCGUUAGAAACAUCAAACAAUGCGCUCAAAGCAAAAAUUAGCACAUUGGAAACGAAUGUAGAACGUUUUAAACGUGAUAAUAUCGAUUUGAGCCGUAAAAUAGUCGAUGUGCAAAACAAAUGCAAAGAUUUAGAGAGCAAAAGUUCACAAAAUGUAGUUGUGGAGCAUGAACGCAAGCGUUUGCUCUCAUCGCUGCAGGAAAAAAGCCAUCAGUACGAAUUGUUGGUCAGUGAAAAUGAAAUGAACAAAGAUUUGAGUGUGCAGCUGAAAAAAGAGAACGACGAACUGCGAAAAAAAUUGGGUGACUUCAAUAAAGUGAACAAAGUGCAAACAUCUCUAAAUGAUCAUAACUCGUCGCUCGAACAAGAAAUUAAACAAUUGAAAGCAAAAUUGGAAAGCACCGCAAUGGUUUCGAAAUCCAAUGAAGCUGCAACCAAAUUGCGAUACGAACAACAAGUCUACAACAUGCAAACGGAACUCAAUUCGCAGCAAAAACAAUGCGAACGAUUUAAACGUGAUCGCGAUUCAUUUAAGCAAUUACUUGAGGCGGCCAAAAAAACAAUCAAAGAUCUUAAAUCGAAUAGUGGACGCACGAGCAAAGCGUCUAGCGGUGACGAAGAUGAUAAAUCGAAAAUAUUGACACUGGAGCAAAAGAUUGGAAAUUUAGAGGAUGAAUUAUGCGAGACGCGGCUGGAGACCAGCAAACUAAAAAACGAAUUGGUGUCAGAGAAGACCGGCGCGGAAAUUAAGUUGUCCGAACUGCAAUCACGCAUCAAUGAAUACGAAGAAGAACGAUUGUUGGGCAGUGGACGAACAAAAAUGCCUGGAAUGAAGACAAAAUUAGAGCUUUCAUGGCAAAAAGAACGUGAAGAGCAUCAACGUUUGUUGCAAGAAACAUCAACGCUGGCACGUGAUUUACGUCAAACGCUGCUCGAAGUUGAACGUGAACGAGACAAAGAACGGCUGGAGAAUCGACGUAAAAUUGAACAAUUGGAACGAAACAAUGAGGAAGAUUUGGAUGAAGGACGGAAAAAAAUUGCUGAACUUCAAUGUGAUUUAUUGGAAUUGCGUGAUGCUCAUGCUAAGCUUCGAACAUCCAAUGAAAAGCUACGACUUGAACGAACUUGUUACGAACGUGAGCGAGAUAGUUUCUACAGAAGGGGCAUUGAACUCAAUUUGGAUCGACGCUUGAAUUCAUUGCUUCAGUUAGUAGAUGAUUUGUUUAAGAUGUCACCGGAUUCUGUUCAAAGUUCAAUACUCAAAAAACCGCCAACACCAAAUAUGCAAAGACGCUUAGUGAAGAGCACUUCAGUUGAUCGGCCCGAUAAUCAAUUUUCGGGCAGCAUGGAACAAGUGACGAGUCUGAUUAGUAGACUAAUGGCUGCCUCCGAUGACAUUCGACAAUUCCAAAAGAGUUUCGGCGACGAUCGUGAACGAGAGCGAAUGCGUCGAAGUAGUAUGCGACGUGCCACUUCCAUUGAGAAUGGUGUCAGUGAUAAUGAACGAUCCAUAGGUGGACGGUUAUCGAAAUCAUCAUCGUCCACACAAAACGGUAGUCUAUAUCGCAAAAGUCUAUCGGUCGAUCAAUCGACAUUGAGUGGUCAAAAUCCAAAAAUUUGGCGGAAUGCAAACGAUAGCAAUUCAUCAAUACAAUCGAUUGACUCAGAAUUACAGUAUGGCGGAGGCGGCAAUUAUGGCCGAGAUUCAAGCUUAGAUUCACGAUUAUCGGGUGGUUCAACACAAAGCGAUUUACCACGAGGUACACGAAAAAAGAAACGCGGACUCAUGGGCAAACUUAAGAGCUUAACAAAGAGCAGCAAAAAUAAUGACACAGAUGGUUCGCAGCAAGUAAAUUCUGAUUCGGACAUCAGCCUUGUCAAUUAUGAUUACAAAUCAAGUAAGACGAAUCUAAAAGGUCGAUUAUCGGAUAUGUUUCGCCGUUCGGCGUCAGCAUCGCGAAAUGAUAGCGAAGAUGGUGGCGGUGGUGGAAGCACUGUAACGGUUGAUUCAAGCAAUAAAACUGGCGCUUACAGUCGAUCCACAACACCAAAUCUUUCGUCACGACAAAAAAGUCCCGCAACAAUAAGACCGGUUCAAAUUCGUUCAUCAUCAGCGUCACCACAGCCAAGAGUAUCGAUGGCGGAAGCAAGCAAUUCGUCGAAAACACCUACGUUAGUUAAGCGAGUGAAUAAAAAAUGAAAAUGAGCAAACGUACAAAAUACACACGACAGCAUCAAAUCACACAGUGAAAUCCAUAACAAUUCAGAGCGAUAGAGCAAAUGGAAUAAUCCAGAGUUAGAGCAAGAGAUGAAGUGAUGGCGACGGCGACACAGCGCCCAUAAUUCGAAUAAUAUUUAAAUAUUAUGUUAGAGAGCAAAAGCAACAUUACCAUAUAUAUACACAAUCGAAUGUUGCACAUUGAAAUGUGCGCAAAACAGAGAAAGAAAGACUCCAAAUACGGUGCACACUAGUUGCUCUCGUCAAAGGCAAAGAAGAAAAAAAAAGAAACAAGAACUCAAAGUCCAUGCAAAUAUCAUUUACGGCUGAACUUUUUUUUUAUUCAAUGCAGACCAGCAAGAAGAACGGUGUGCGAGCAUGGCCCAAUCUCUUUCUUUCAUUGGAAAUGAAUAUAUGCAAUGCAACUCAUUAUUUGUUUUUGUCUCAGUUGUUUCGAUAUUUUUUUCUGUUCGCUGUUGCUUUCGUCUUCCUUCUUUUGGUGUUGUUUUUCUUCCCGCUGCCAAUGGAAAUAUUAAAAUCAAUCAACAAAUCAAUCCGUUUUUGUAUUA